CUCGUAUCAUCUUCAACUUUCUCUCUCUAGAAUUUUCCAAAGCUUUUAAGAGAGAGAAACAAAACAACAAUGGCAUCUUCAAGCAUGGUUAUGGUACUACUGUUCGCAUUGAUUGCAGGAUCUGCUCUUGCUCAGUCGCCGACCUCCGCACCAACCGUCUCCCCAACUGCCGCUCCCACCGCUACACCUCCUACUCCGGUUGUUGUUCCUCCUUCCACUGCUCCUACUUCUUCACCAACUGAAUCUCCGUUGGCUUCUCCACCUGCUCCUCCCACUGCCGUCACUCCUAGCGGAGCUCCCGGCGCUUCUCCUCCUUCCAUCGCUUCUACUCCAACCGACUCACCUACCUCAUCGCCUAACGCCGCUAGCUUGAACAGAGUCGCCUCCGUUGGAUCUGGUUUUGUAGCUGUCUUAGCUGCUGCUUUGGUCCUGUAGAGAUCUGCUUUCGAUCGAGAUUUUUUCGUCAGUAUGUGGUGAUUCGUUUUGGUCGUUCGUGAUUCUUCAUAUUUUUUUUACUUUUAUUUCAUUGUUAUUAUUUAUUAUUUAGUUGUUGAUUUUAGCUUUUCUAUGAUUAUUGUAUGUUCGACGACGAUGAUCGAUACUUGGUUUUUUUUUUUUAAUUUUUAUGUUCAUUUUAUGUAAUAUUAUCAUAUCAUAUCUCGCUCUGUUGCAUUUAUGAAUUUUUUUUCUACUUAUUAUUAUCUUCA